GUUUGUUACUCUUCUAACACCUUAUAUAGAAUGAACAAGUUAAACAAAAUAAUCAUCAGGAGGUUAUUAGCAUAACUAUUAAGAGAACUAAAAGGAUCGAAAAUUUUACAAAAAUCAAAGCAAAUCGCCAGAAAUGGGAAAUCAAGUGAGUUAUGAUCAAGCUGAUACAAUAUUGGUGGAGCCAUGGGGAGGUGGUACUGGUGGAUCACAAUGGAAUUACAAGUUUAAAAGUCCAAUUAAAGAAAUAUUAAUAGGGCAUGGAGAUAUUAUAGACUCCAUCAUGUUUAGAACUGUUAAUGAACAAGGUACCAUUGACUCACCAAGGUUUGGUGGCAGUGGAGGUCGAAAAGUCAAGGUUAUUAUUGAAGCGGCUCCAUUGGAAUAUUUGACAGGAAUCAAGGGGACAUUUGGAAAUUAUGGUGGCCAUUUGGUUAUAAGAUCUCUAAAUUUUAUAACAAAUGCAAAAAAAUAUGGACCAUUUGGGACUGAGUCUGGUGGAAACCCAUUCUCACUUGUGAUGAAAGAAGGUGGAGCCAUUGUUGGAUUCCAUGGUCGUGCUGGGGUGUACCUUGAUGCUAUUGGUGUUUAUUUGCAGAAACUUACUCCUCCCACUUCACCAAAUGAACCUGCAAAAAAGAUUGAGCCAAAUGAACCUGAAAAAAAGAUUGAGCCAAAUGAACCUAUGGUUGAAAUUGAAAUCCAUGACAAAAUGGAAGUGAUGAAGACUAUUGUGCCACGUAGUGCUGGACCUUGGGGUGGAUAUAGUGGAAAAGGCUGGGAUGAUGGAGUAUUUUGUACUAUCAAACAAGUGCAAGUGCAUAUGAAUUUAUAUAGCUCAGCUAUAUCAGGAAUUCAAAUUGAGUAUGAAAAGGAAUUAGACAAAACAUCAUUUUGGUCACAACUUCAUGGUGGUGUUGGAGCUGGGACUGACACAAUUAGAAAGAUAAUCAUUGAUGGUAAAAAUGAGUUCUUGAUUGGAAUUGAAGGUUUUUAUAGUCCAGUGAACGACAAUGGGGGCCUAGAUGCAAUAAGACAAAUUGCAUUUUAUACAAAUAAGGGAAAAUAUGGACCUUAUGGAGCUGAAAUUGGAACUUAUUUUAGCUCUUCAGCAGCUAGAGGAAAAAUUACAGGAUUUCAUGGGAGAAGUGGUGUAUAUUUGAAUGCUAUUGGUGUGCACAUGGAAUAUUUCUAAUUUCUCGUCAUGUUAGAUUUUCAAUUAUGUGGAACAUAAGAGCCAUGAUGAGAAAUGGAGACUAUAUACUACACGAUUCAAGUGUAGAUGUUAACAAUUGUAAUAUUUCUUGUUGUCAAUAAAAUGAUACUACUAAUUAUUAGAGCAA